UGUCAAGGGCCGUCAUGGCCGGCGGUGGCGGCGCUGAGGCGCGCACCAGCCUGACCGCUUUCGUGUUGGGCGGCUCCGUCGCCGCCGUUCCGCUACUGCUUUCCCCCCCUCCGCCGGCGCUGCUGUCCGGGCCCGGCAUUCAGGGCCGGGUCGCUCUGGCGCUUCAUGUGGCCGGGAUCAACGCCGCCCUCUUGUUGGGCUGGGGACGAGCGCCGGGCGGGAUGUACCAGAUUGCCAUCCGUGCCUGCUUCUUGGGCUUCGCCUUUGGGUGCGGCUUGUUGCUCAGCUUCGGACAGUCUUCAUGGAGGCAUUUUGGCUGGUACAUGUGCUCUCUGUCUGUCUUUCAUUAUUCUGAAUACUUGGUGACGGCCAUAAACAACCCUAGAAGUUUGUCUUUGGACUCUUUCUUGCUCAACCAUAGUUUUGAAUAUAACGUGGCUGCGUUCUCCUCGUGGGUGGAGUUCACUGUGGAGAAGUUCAUUUUCCCAGAGAUGAAACAGAUCACUUGGCUGAGCUCGGCAGGACUGCUGAUGGUGGUUUUCGGGGACUGCCUGAGGAAAUCAGCUAUGCUCACGGCCGGCUCCAAUUUCAACCACAUCGUUCAGAAUGAAAAAUCAGAGUCUCACACUCUGGUGACCAGAGGAGUGUACGGGUGGUUCCGUCACCCUUCUUACGUUGGAUGGUUUUACUGGAGUAUUGGGACCCAGAUCUUGCUCUGUAAUCCCAUUUGCAUGGUGGGCUACACCCUGGUCUCCUGGCGUUUCUUCCGAGAACGGAUAGAAGAGGAGGAGAUGACGCUCAUCCAUUUCUUUGGCGAGGAGUAUCUGGCGUAUAAAAGACGGGUGCCGACGGGCCUGCCCUUCAUCAGUGGGGUUAAAGUGGAACUAUGAGAGCGGGGUCGGAAGCUUGAGCUGAACAAGGGAAUGCUUAGCCCUGGGCCAACCGGUCUCUGCCUAGAGAACGGCGCCGUGUGCCCCGCUGGUACCAGUAGCGGUCAGUUUUUAAUACUUAGCAGUGACUUUGCCUGGAGGUUUUGUUAAGGGCUAUGCAGCAGCUCAGGCUCUUUAGUUCAAAUUAGAGGAAGUCUUUCUGGAUUCUCGAAGCUGCACUGAACUCUCAAGCCCAAGUCACAAGGCUGAGUUUUAUUUUUUAAAGCGAAAAGGCCGUCGCUGUACCUCGGGGCGGCUCCGAUGGACUGAAAUGCAUCCCGGCAGGUUGUUUUUCAAGAACAAGCUUGCACUUUCAGUAACCACCAUCGUCCUGGAAGGGGGUCUGCAUGGGACCUCACCCCUCUCUCUGGUAAAAACUCUUUUAAAAACACUUUUUUUGGAUACACGUUUCCCCCCCCCCUUCUAAAAGGGCUUUAACUUCUGGGCCCCAAAACACAAGCCCUUUGGCCUCAACUCUUCCAGUGGGGCAGAGGCUUGCAGCCAUUUGGCCCUCUUAAACGCAUGACCUUUUUUCGAAAAUCACUCCUGGAAUAACGUUUACCUAAGAGAUUGUGGCCAUCGCAGACAAAAGACAUGUCCCCUUCCGGUAAAAACGGGGUUUCCUAAACGCCACACAGCCAGGCUUGCGUUACACCUCACCAAUGAAUGAAAAAUACGUCUCUGCAUUUAAAUUUCAUGUUGUCCUGCUCUGUUUUCAUUGCUGUCCUUUGUCUGCUAGGUUCAUCCCUGUCAGACCUGUGGGGGGGGGGGAAUGGUCUUACAGCCACACCUGUGGUUUCAAGCUUCCCCCUCUUUCCUGUCUGUUUUACAUUUUGAUUUUUUUGCAAAGGUUUAAAACACGGUUCUGUAAAGGAAAGCAUUGUUCUCAACUCUGCAAUAUCCGUAGCUGGUAAGAACUGGGCAAGUAAAUCUUUGCCCACAAGAGGGGUUAUUUGUUUCAGCGCUUGUUAGUUUUUGGACUGGGAACGCUGCCUGUGCUUGAGCAACAGGGACACGGUGUUUUUAUUUUCCUUCCAGGUUUCAUGGAGUACCGUUUGUUCUUGUUGUAUACCAAAGAGUAGCUUACUGCUUUUGUGGUUCUAGUAAUCUUUGUAUAAUGGGGAUGUGGAUUCAGGUUGAGGCUGGCUGAAACUGUUUGGGCCAAGAUACAGCCAAUCCUGGCCCAGCUGCAGUUCACUGCAAUUUUG